CCAAGUGUACUCUUCUCAUUGGCCCUCCAUUUUCUCCUAACAUCAACUCCUCUCUUCGCUUUUUCUUCAUGUUCUGCUCCACUCUAUUUAGAACUUCCAUCGGAGCUGAUUCUCGUCAAUUCACCGGAAAAUUUUUACACGCAAAUUAAAACUCUUUCACAACGACGUCGUUUUUGAUCUUGUUCAUGAACAUGACGACGAUUAUGUCAAUUACUUUUCAUUUUUUUUAGCGUGGACUUUAAGGUUUUUUUUUUUUUUUGGUCUUCAGCUUGUUUUCAUUGUUUGAACUUUUCUGGUUUUAAAUUUAUGCACGGAAGUUGAGGCUUCGAAAAUAUGAGAACUUCGGAGUACUAUUUAAUUCGGAUAUCUAUUUGAACAUUUUUCCUUCUUUUUCGUGUGUUGGCGAUUCUGAACGGUUAAUUUUGAGAGAGAAGUUAAGUAACAGCCAUCAGAGGAAUUAGGUUUUGGUUUUGUGGAAUUAGUACGUCUGCGAGAUUGAAAAAAAUUAUUCUUGUUUUAAGCUGAUUUGGGGCGAUAAUUUUUGUUUGUGUAUAGAGAGAAGAGGAUUGAAGUGAAAAAAAAAAAAAGCAAUUUUUUUUUUUAAAGAAUGAGGAGCUCGGGAAUAGUUUGAGUUUGCGACUAUGAGUUGCAGCAACGACGAGAACAGAGGAGGAAGAGAAGAGAGGGAAAAAGAGCAGCAUGUUUUGCGGAGGUCUGUCGAGAGAGAAUCAUCUAUGACCAUCUCGCUAAAUGGAUCUAUAACGGCGCCGCAGUUGACCAUCGAUGAAAGUCUACUUGUUGACCCUAAAUUUUUGUUUAUCGGCUCCAAAAUCGGUGAAGGAGCUCACGGAAAAGUUUAUGAAGGAAGGUAUGGUGAUCAAAUUGUUGCCAUCAAAGUUCUCCACCGGGGGAGCACUUCAGGAGAAAUAGUUUCACUUGAGAAUCGUUUUAUUCGUGAAGUCAAUAUGAUGUCUAGAGUAAAACAUCAGAAUCUUGUCAAGUUUAUUGGAGCUUGUAAGGAUCCUCUGAUGGUGAUAGUAACAGAGCUAUUACCAGGGAUGUCAUUGCGAAAGUAUCUGGUUAACAUUCGUCCAAAUCAGUUAGAGCUUCCUGUGGCUUUAAAUUUUGCUCUUGACAUUGCUCGAGCCAUGGAAUGUCUGCAUGCCAAUGGCAUUAUACACAGAGAUCUGAAACCUGAUAAUUUAUUGCUGACAGCAAAUCAGAAGUCUGUGAAGCUUGCUGAUUUUGGUCUUGCUAGAGAAGAAUCUGUGACUGAGAUGAUGACUGCAGAAACUGGAACUUACCGAUGGAUGGCUCCUGAGUUGUAUAGUACUGUGACACUGCGUCAGGGAGAGAAGAAGCAUUAUAAUAACAAGGUUGAUGUCUACAGCUUUGGAAUUGUUUUUUGGGAAUUGCUAACCAACCGCAUGCCAUUUGAAGGCAUGUCCAAUUUGCAGGCUGCUUAUGCUGCUGCUUUUAAGCAUGAGAGGCCUAGUCUUCCGGAGGAUAUAUCCCCUGAUCUUGCAUUUAUCGUACAGUCUUGUUGGGUUGAAGACCCUAACAUGAGGCCAAGCUUUGGCCAGAUCAUUCGCUUGCUCAAUGCUUUUCUCUUCACACUUGGCCCACCCCCACCAUCUGUUCCAGAAACUGACUCCAGUGAGCCAGAAGCAACAAGUACUGGCUCCAUGACCGAGUUAUCUGCUCGUGCAAGAGGAAAAUUUGCUUUCCUUCGCCAACUGUUCACUGCUAAAAAGACCAGGAACUCACAAUGAAUGGGUAAAUUUUGAUUAAUUUUCUUUUUGUUCUAUUCAGAGAAAGUUGGUAUGCAAUAGUAGAUAUAUAUGUUUACUGAAUCACUGCUUAGUUACCUUAAAUGACUAGCUGAGGAGCAAAAAUGUUGAAACUAGAAAGGAAUGAUGUUGACGAUGAUACCAUUGGGAAAAUAAAAGAAGACAGAUAGAGGACCAUUUUCCAUCCUAGUUGAUCUUUUUGUAAAACAGAUACAUGGUUUUAGACCUUUUCUAGUUCAUAUCAAUAUCACUACCUCAUUCUGAAACUAUUUUCUUUGGUUGAAGGCAAAAUAGCAAUUUAUAUUAGGAUUGAGUACUUGUAGAUUAGAAUUGAUGUGUCCAAAUGGGCAGGAUUAUAUGAAUUAGCUCUGAGCAAGACUAUCGCAGUA